CUGAUAGUCAUAGCAUUACUUUCUAUUUAUUUUUCAUCGUACAUUUCCACAGUUGCGAAUUCAGAAGAAAAUUGAAGAACGUAGGUAGUGAGUGAGUAAGUGAAAGAUGUCGAACGCACUUAAGAGCGUGAAAGUGGCUCCCAACUCUGCGACUCUGGAGGAGGCCAGACACCGCGUCUUCGAUUUCUUCAAGACCGCCUGCCGAUCCCUCCCCACUGUCAUGCAAAUCUACAAUCUUGAUGACGUCACUUCCAUCUCCGAGCUUCGCUCCACCGUCGCUUCCGAGAUCCGCAAGAACUCCCACGUCACCAAUCCCAAGGUGAUUGAUAUGCUGCUGUUCAAGGCGUUCGAAGAGCUGAAGAAUGUUGUGGAUCAUGCAAAGCAGAGGCAUCACAUCAUUGGUCAGUAUGUUGUUGGUAAGGAAGGGCUUGUGCACGAUAAGGCCACGAAAGACCAGGGCAUCUCACCUUUCCUAAAGAAUUUCUACAACAGCAACUACUCUUGAAUUUUGGUCAUGAGUUGUUCUGUGUUUUCCCAAACUCAAAUAAAGAAUUGUCUGACUGUUUUAUAUCAACGCUCGAUAAAAACUGUUUUUGGAUCAAACCACUGUACUAGUUAUUCCUUGGUUAAUUUGAGGAAGUAAUGUUUUGCUGAUUGA